UUCAUAUUACACUCCUUGGCUGGGGGAAAAAAGGAGUAGAAGAAGAGAAGGAGGGAAACCUGGGGCUUCUUUUCUUCAGAGGCAUUUAACUUGAAGUUUAUGGAGGCUGCAGCCGUGGAAAAUGAAGAUCUCCUCUGUGGUCUUCGCUCUCCUCACUCAAGCACUGCUUGAAGAUUUGUGUUCGGCCAUCAACGUCACCAUCACCCCUUCCCCAUUCACGGUGGCCCAGGAGGGUCAAAAUAUCACACUCACCUGUGUUGUGUCCCAGCGGCGCCGCAACGCUGCUCUACCAGUGGUGAAAUGGACCUUCCUGCCAGCAGGCACAGACCGGACAGAGGACGAACUCCUUAUCGCCCGCGUCAACAUGAGGAAGGCCCGUUUCUAUGGCAACUACACAAAGAGUUUCCCGUGGCCCAAACUGAAGCUGACGGUGGUAAAGCAGGGGAAGAUCUUUGACCUGCUAAUCUUGAAUGUGUCCGAAGGGGACAGGGGGCUCUACAUGUGCCGGGUGCAGGAGUUUAAAAAGCACCAGGACCGCUGGAAGGCCUCAACAAACUGCACCGCCGCUACUGAGCUCAGAGUGCAUGUCCUACCAGCCACCAAGGCCAAAGAAAGCCUGUGGAGCUUGUUUGAAGAUGUGUACCUGUGUGCAGUGCUGAUCUGCUCAGUGGGUCUGCUGUGUAUGUGCAUGUUCACAGUGACGGUAACCUGCCAGUACAUACAGAGGAAGCAGAGGUUAAAAGAUAAUUACCACUUGGUCAAAAGUCCUCAGAACAGCUCAGGAGAGACAGUCACCAGUGUGGUCAAUGUGUCUCCUGCUCUGCCUAAGAAGGAGAGGAGGUACAGGAAGAAAAGGAGCAGAGAUUACCAAGAGGAGAUACCACCAGAGAUACCAGCAAAAGCUCCCAUUGGAGACAAAACACGGAAACCCAAACUUUUAAAACCACAACCAAGGAAAGUAGUGCUGCCGAAGAUAGUGGAGGAGAAUCUAACCUACGCAGAGCUGGAUCUGGUGAAACCGCUUCCGGAAACCAAGGCAUCAUGCGGCGGCACUGUGUACGCUCAGAUUCUGUUCGGGGAGCAGCAGCUAUGAGAGAAACACACUCACACACCACUAGUAACUGUGCCUUGUGUAAAAAGUAUUGUCUAUUUAUAGUCUGUAUUAUUUUGUAUUCAAAUAGUUUGUGAAGGGCAAAAUGUGUAAUGUUUCACAAUUAUUGUACAUAUGAUUUAAUAUUUUCUUUGAUAUUUUCUUUUAUGAGACCAAGAUGCAAAAGGAAAUGUUUUGUAUUUGAGUAUUUCAUGUAUAAUUUUUCUUUUGCACCCAUGUUUGAAUCCUGUGUAGCUUAAACUGGGAACACAAUAGAAGACUAUGGUGCUGAUUUAGACCAGACAUGUCCAUCAUGACAAUUGGAGGGGAGAUUGAACAGGCUAAUCUGAGCCUUCCCGUUCAUAUCAAACAGGUUUCAUUAGGUAUUUGCAACCAGAUUUCAGCAGGUUAACGUCCUGUGGUGCGUGGUUAUCAGCCAUUGAGAGAAGUUUGCCCAGGGGUGAGGUGAAGUGAGAUUUUGCUUUGCUUUACCAUCUAAUACGAAUAAUGCUGUAAUCUUUAUGGUUGAUUUUAAAGAAACAAUUAGACAUUUUAGGGAAUGUUUAUUCGCUUUCUUGCAGAGAGUUAGAUAAAGCAAUUGAUACCACUCUCAUGUCUGUGUGUUAAGUAUGGAGCUAGAACCAGGAGGUGAUUAGCUUAGCAUAAAGAACGGAAGCAGGGGAAAACAGCAAGCUUGGCUCUAACUACCUAGCUUGUUAACAUGGCUAGGGGAAGUUACGUGCUGUAACUGUUUCUUGAUGAACGGCUCCUAGUUGUUGUUGUUUGCCAUGAAAAAAAACACAAAUUGUUGUUUUUACAUUUCUGCAUGCAUAUGGAUAAAACAAACAAGAUACAAGGUGUAAAUCAGUGAGCUUUAGAGGUGAACUUUGGAGAAAACCAGGUUAGCUAUUUACCCCUACUUCCACUCUUUCGUACUUUCCCAAGCUAAGCCAAUUGCCUCCUGGCUCUAGCAUCAAAUUUAAUGUACAGACAUGCGGGAGGUAUAUCGAUCUAAGCUCUUUCCCAAAAUGUCGCACUAUUCCUUUAAAAUCAUAAAUACACAUUAUUCUGGAUGCACUUUAAUAAAAUGAAAUACAUAAAGACUCACUUACUGUGACAUCCUUAUGUCUGUGACAUUUCUUAAGUCAGCCGGUUAAACUCACUUACAGAGUGAAUUGUGGGAAACCCACUCUGGAGUAAGCAGAUUUAUGAAGGCGAGACAAAGCAAAUUAAAGACAUCCGUUGUUAUGGAUGUGAAUCAGUGCAUUUUCAAAUGUGAUUUACUUCUAGUGUGUUCCCAGCAUUGUCUGCCUUACAACAUCUGUGUUCAGCCUGUUUUUGUGUGUCAGGCAGUAGUUUAUAAUGACCACAACUCCAUAGAGUUGAUAUUAAAGUAGCGAUUAGCCCCCCAACCUUCCCCCAAAGGCAAGUAUGUGAGACCAUGCGAGCCCUUUCAUCUGGUGCCAACAUCAACUUAACAGGCUGUUAGCGACACACACACUAACUAAUAUACAUACAUACAAGGGUGGAGUUACAUGUACGCUUAACAUCCUUCUAGGUUCAAAUACACAAAGGCACAUACUAUAAAUCCAAAAGACUGCAAGCAGUUGUAACACCUGAUCUAAAAACAGGGACAAACUGAGACUUGUGUUGGUACUAUAACAUUAAUGUAGGUCAUAGUUUACUUCAAAUCUAAAAGUGAUUUUGUUGUUUGAGAUGCGAUAAGAGCUAGAAGCCAUAUCAGCUGUAAUCCCACAUACCUUUGCACGGUCUCCUUGCUUUCUCACUUUCCACGAAUCUGAGUGUGAAAGCGCUUAGGCCUCUUUUUCCAUUUGAUGAUCCUCUGGAUUCAGGCAUGGAAAAGCAAAGGAGAGUUUUUUAAACAGUGAACUUGAAACCCAGACACAAAGGCACCGGAUCCCUCCCUUCCCCCAAGACUUCCACUAUCUUAUGUGAAGUAAUCCAUGAAGAUGGAGCAGUGGUGGAAGAAGUACUGAGAUCUUAAGUAAAAGCACCAAUACAACAAUGUUAAUGUACCUCAUUACAAUUAAAAGUCCUGCAUUCAAAAUCCUACUUAAGUAAAAGUACACAAGUAUAUUAGCACAAAAAGUGGAACCACUGCUAUAUUCUUUAAUAAUAUGUUGUAUUUCAUAAGCUUAUUAAAUGUUUAUUAUGUAAAAUCUUAAUCUGUAAAGUAACAAGUAUCUCUAAAAAAAACAGUGGAGUAAAAAGCACAAUAUUUCCCUCUGAAAUGUAGUGGAGUAAAUGUACUUAGUUACUUACUUACUCCACCACUGAGAUGGAGCCCUUCACAAAUACAAGUUUCACUUUCCGCUGUAUGCUGAUGUCCAUGUAAACGUUAGCUAAACCCGCUUUUUAUCUGCUAACCAGUAGUUUGAGAGAGUAUUUAGUCACUUGAGUAAAAGGAUUUGACUCUCCUGUAGAAUUAACUUAUAUGUGGCAUUUGCUUUAGAGUUAUGUAACAACUUUGCUAGCUAACAGCUGAUAUAAACAUGAAAUUGACUGGAUUGGUGAGAUGAAAGAGUCAGUCGCCAGUCACAAAAAGAUGGAAGUUAUACAUCUCUGUUGGAAAAUGUUGAGAAAGUCAAGUUGUAUGAUUGUACUGUCAUUCAGCAGUUGUAGCCCAAAAGCUGACUUCCAAUAUGGCUGCCAGUCACUUGAAAAAUCCCAACAAAUACAGCACAGGACAGAGGUUUCUAGCUAUCACUGCAAAUGUAUAAUAACAUUUUUACAGCAAGCUGGUGGCUGUGAAUUUUAACAUUCUUUGUUCCCCUGCCUAUAUAUUACAUUUCAAUUCAAACCACUAUCGACCUCCAUUUGUCACCAUUCCAAUUUUCCAUUGUUGUUCUCUUGUGUAUAUUUCAGUUGCACAGUGUGUAUUAUCCAUAUAUAAAAUGACUGAAAGUGACCUUUCAGUGGCGGGCAGAAGCGUCUUAAAAAUGCCCUUAAACUGUGAAAUGUAAAGUUUCUUCCAGACCACAUUGUCCUUAAUGGGAGUCUGCUAACUAGAACCGUGUGUGUGAAUUGUGCCUCUCUGCUGUCUCCCUCUCUCUUUUCCCUCUCUCUGCCCACAACUGACCUCUGCAUUCAUCAACAUUCCAGCAUUUCUGCUCUUGUUCAUUUUGUUCAUUUCAUCUGUACAGUGUGUAUCAGUAAGUGAAAUAAAUCUAAAAGUGGAUAUGA